AUGCCUCUGCUGCUGCUCCUGGCGUCCCUGUGUCUUUCUUCCGCUCCUGGAAUUCAUGCCAUCUACCAAAGGCCAAGCGGGAAUCACCCAGCAACUCCCGCCCCCCUCCAGUACUUGCUGGAGCCAGGGAACAAGAUGGUGCAGACCCGCAGGGGUGCCUCUGCCACCCUGCCUUGCAUCCUGUGGGUUGUGCCCCAAAACUACAAGGUCAGGUGGAGCAAGGUGGAUCCGGCCGAGUACCUGGAGGUCGCCAUUCUGAUCACCAACGGGGUCCAUCACAAGACCUACGGCCCGCUGGGCAGCCGGGCGCACCUGAAACGCAGCCACCGGUACGACGCUUCGCUGACCAUCUCCAACGUGACCUUGGACGACGAGGGCCGCUAUCGCUGCCAGCUUGUCAAUGGCCUGGAGGAUGAAAGCAUGUCUCUCGUCCUGCAGUUGGAAGGGGUCGUCUUCCCCUACCAAACCAGUCAGGGGCGCUACCAGUUCAACUACUUCGAGGCCCAGAAGGCUUGCCAAGAACAAGAUGCCCGGCUGGCCACCUAUGAGCAGCUUUACAAAGCGUGGACGGAAGGGCUGGACUGGUGCAACGCAGGCUGGGUCAUGGAGGGGAGCGUGCACUACCCCAUCCGGAACUCCCGCAAGCCCUGUGGGGGGCACCUUCUUCUGCCAGGGGUCCGAACUUACGGUGCCAGGGACAAGCUGAAAGAUCGUUUCGAUGCCUUCUGUUUCACCUCAGCCGUGCAAGGCCGUGUUUACUUCAUCAGGGGCCACUUCAACUUCAAGGAGGCCACCCAAGCCUGCCGCAACGACGGGGCCAGCCUGGCCAAGGUGGGGCAGCUCUACGCGGCCUGGAGGUUCUCCCAGCUGGACCGCUGCAACGGAGGGUGGCUGGAGGACGGCAGCGUGCGCUUCCCUAUCACUGCCCCCCGCCCGCACUGCGGGGGGCUCCCGGAGCCCGGCGUCCGCAGCUUCGGCUUCCCCAGCAAGUCCCGGAAGAGGUACGGCGCCUACUGCUUCUCCGCGAAGUAGCGGGGCGAAAGCCCCAGGCGGGGGAAGACGCCCGCGGAGGCCAA